AUGGCCCCCACCGAGAGCAACAAGCGCCUUGCGCUGGCUAUCAUCGACUUCCUCGGCUCCAGUCUGAAGGAUGGCACUCUCACCGCCGACGAUGCCGAAUCGAUUGAGAUCGCCCAGUCCUGCAUUGCCGAUACCUUCAAGGUGGAUCCCUCCAACGAGGCAGCCGUAAAGGAGGCCGUUGGUGGUCAAUCCCUCGCCAAUAUCUACAGUGUCUACGAGAAGCUGCGCAACAAGUCCACCCCCCAGCCCGACGCCGGUGCCGCCCAACAAUCCCAAGAGCAAAAGCCCACCAAGGCCGGUACCCCUACCGAUGAAUCCGACAAGCUGAAGUCCGAGGGCAACUCCCUGAUGUCCAAGAAGGACUACCCCGCCGCCAUUGAAAAGUACACCCAGGCCCUGGAGAUCGCCCCCGCCAACCCCAUCUACCUCUCUAACCGCGCCGCUGCCUACUCCGCUUCCCGCAACCACGAGAAGGCCGCCGAGGACGCCCUGCUGGCUACCACUGUCGACCCCAAGUACUCCAAGGCCUGGAGCCGUCUGGGUCUUGCCCGCUUCGACAUGGGCGACUACCACGCCGCCAAGGAGGCUUACGAGAGUGGAAUUGCCGCUGAGGGCAAUGGUGGCAGUGAUGCGAUGAAGCGCGCGAGCCCCCCCUCUGAGGAGCUUGACACUGCCUCUGGCGCUUCCCGCGGUGGUACCGGUGGUAUGCCCGAUCUUGCUUCGCUGGCCGGUAUGUUCGGCGGUGGCGGUGCUGGCGGUGGUGGUGGCAUGCCUGACCUGAGCUCUAUGAUGAGCAACCCCAUGUUCUCCCAGAUGGCCCAAAACCUGAUGGGUAACCCCGACAUGCUGAACAACCUGAUGAGCAACCCCCGUCUGCGCGAGAUGGCCGAGAACUUCGGUCAGGGUGGUGGCAUGCCUGAUAUGUCCAGCAUCAUGAGCGACCCUAACCUUGCCGAUAUGGCUCGCAACAUGAUGGGUGGUGGUGGCGCUGGCGGCGCUGGUCGCGAUGCCGGUAACCAGCAAUAG